ACGGAAAUAAGCACCCACAGUUGAUCCUGUGUAUUCCCUAUUUUUUGGUUAGUAAUCAACCAUAGAGUAUUAUUGUACUUUGCGCUUUUUCCCUUUCUUUCUCAUCACUUCGUCAUACGGCUUUUUGUUAGUCGAGCAAAAUCAAGCUCCCCACAACCAGCUGAGGGCUAUCCGGCGCGAUGUACCCGGCGUGCGGAAUGCCCCGCUAAAAAGUUGGACGACAGGAUUCCGGCACAAAGGGGCGUGCGGGCGACAUUUUGCAAAACUUCGCAUCGCCUUUCCCAUCGCACGCGCGCCAAACCCCACGAACAAUAUCGCCAGUCGACCGAUCCACGCACACAAAAGGGCCUCGCACUUCGGUAAACUACAAUGUCCGAUUCGCCCAAACCCGAGACGGACCAGCUGCCUCCGCGCAUCCCCGUCGUCCACAAUGCCGCCGUUGCUGGUGCCAUUCUUGCGCCGUUGGCCAUGAUGCUGCCCCCCCGCAAGGUCGACAUUCGCUUCUUUGUCCUUGUCGGUGCAUUCUCCCUCUCGACCAACCAGCUGGCAUACGAAUAUACCGGCCAGUCCAUCUACAGCCGCUUUGGCAGCCGCGUCUCCGGUGUCUUUGGUGACGGUCUCCCCGAGGGUGCGAAGCGAACACAACAACUGCUCAAGGAGCAGCGUGAGCGCGACUCUGCGGGCAAAAAGACGAACGAGAAGGACUCUAAUAUCGUCAAGGAUAUCUGGAUGGGCGGCGAGGGCGAGAACUGGCGAGAGAAGCGCGCCGCAGAGCAUCAGCAGGCGUUUGAUGAGGGAAAGGGCCUGAGCGAUCUCAUUUUUGAGCAGGUUGCUGAGGUGUGGCGAGGAACGGGAAGCAGUUCGAAAAAGUCGGAUGACAACUCGACCGAAUCUAAGAAGGACUAAAAAGAUGUACGGAUACACAAGCAGGUGUUUUUUGGAUGGCAGAUGACGGACCAUUUCAAAUGUAUUAUUAGCAUGUACAAAAGCGACACACGGCGACGAUGUAAAACAAAAACCACGCCCGGUAUAUUAUUACGAAUAGACAAGACCGAAACUUUUAUGCUCGUCUUCCUUUGAUGCCUGUUGUGAAUGGAGUGUUGUCUUGUGCUGCUGGCUGUAUCAAGGUCUGGCCGUGCGUCUCAGACCUAGAGUAGAGGGUAUGCUUUACGGAGGGUUGUUGUACAAGUGCUGUUUCGUCGAUGCAUCUGUGACUAGUCUGGACCCUGAAUAGAAGCCCAUUGUUACGCUUCUGUGUCAAACAGUCGUGCAUCCAACCAAGGCAGUGAGUUUGAUUAACCCGUCCCGAUCAUCGCGCCGAUCGAGCUAAGCCUAGGGAUAAUGUGACGUAGUCAGGCCCUCGCCGGCUGAGUGUGUCCAGCUGCGACGCACGCACGGUAUGCCGGCGCAUACCUUAUAUUUCAGGAGUGAGUACGCCAUGCUGGGUGACAGCUACGAAUUGGGUUAUAGAUCGCUGGUACGCGGCGCAGCGUUUCUCAAACAAGGCCUCGUACCGCGUGCCGAUCGGAGGUCAUUGGGCUCUUCGCUUUCAAGGCGCAGCGCCAGCCCAGUGGACUUGUUCGCUUGAACAGUGGAACCUGCCUGGUACUUGGGUGGAC